AUGAACACAGACGCGAAGCAAGAAAGAGAGGUUGCUGUCAAAGCUGUACUCAGAAGCAAUAGUGACAAUUAUCUUUACCAAUACCUUAUACAGAGAAGGGAACAAGCUUCAUUCGUAAGAGAAAGUCAAGCUGAACACAAUGACUAUUAUGCAAAACUACAUAGCCUUGAAAAUGAUCGUGAGCUCGGAGAAAUUGCAAAAAAGGAGGAAAACGCAGUUCGUUCCGCCUCAUUAGGGCAUCUCAACAUAUUUGGGAAAACGCUUUCUCGAUAUGCAAAUGCACAGGAAGUAACAAAUUUGUCAACUAAUCGUCAUCAAAAUAAUAAUAUCGCUUCUUCAUCACGGACACUGGAGGAUCAGAACUGUUAUGAAAUGCAAAAAACGAGCGACUAUAACGGACUAUUAGGCGAUAACAUCGAUACUAUAACCAAUGGCACGGAUAAUUGUUUGCAAAAGGCGGUGGAGUCCUUGGUCGGAAAAGUGGAAAGUGAAGUGUUGAAAGUGGAUGAUGUCGAUCUGGAAGAAAUUUUCGAAAAAUACUGUGGUGAAUGUGAAAAUGAAUUUGAUGAUAUUAUGGAUUUGAGACCCACAUCACGACUGACAAAGGUUAUUCCCGAAAUAACGUGGGAGAAAUUUAUCUUAGAUACAUAUCCUAAUCAUAAAAUAUCAGAAAAUUGGGAGGAAUCAAUACUAGAUUUUUUCAAGCCAAAAGACACUCUAGCCGAAUGGGAGAAAGCCUGGCGUAAACUUUUUGACGAAAAAGAAAGUAACGAAGAUUUGGUGAUAAAAGAUAUAUUAUACAAUAUACUCUCCCCAUAUAUUGAAGCUUUUAAAGCACCGUUUAACAUACUAAAGUCUGGUGACCUGGAGGAAAGACAAUAUAGCUCACAAUUUGUAAUUCCCAUUUUAAAAAAUACGCUCAAGGCCAUAUGUGAUGUGGAUUGGAGAAUUCUCGAGGUUCCAAUCAGAAGUAGCAAAUAUCGACGUAAUUCCGGUAUCGACCCAUUUAUUGAUAAAGUUCUAAGCGCAAAACGUGCGGAUGGGUUGGCUCGCCUGUGGCAAAGCAAAGAAGAAACAUUUGUAUAUGAACAGACAGGACCGCCGGAUGUUGAUGAUGUUACUGAUUUUUACGUCCAUGAUUAUAGGUUGGUUCGAACCAUGCGUGAUGUGCUGAAUCAACGAAUAUUUCUUCGGUUCAAUAAUGGUAUAAAAGAUUAUAAUAACUUGGCAAGUUUUGGGGCUCUGGCUCAUCGUAAUGAAAUAUCUCUGUUUUGGUGCACGAUACACCCCAAAUCAUAUUGUUUACGUGAAUACGAAAGUUUUUAUAUACCAGCAAUAUGGCAAGAUCUUCCCGUUUUAUCCGAGGCAAUAAUAUCUUGCCUGAAAUUUUUUACCUUCAUGAAAUCUAACAUCACGAAAGUCGAACCACAUUCUGAUCCAAAAGUAAAACUACUCUCUAAGCGGAAGGAGCCAUCUCCUACAAAAGAUAUUUCAUCACUUAUCGAGAGCCAUUCUGAUGAGGAGAAAGGCAUUACAUCUAAUCCCUUGCCUGAAAUAGAACAUAGUUCAACCCAAUCUGAAUCUUUAAUAGAGCCUGAAACAUCUACAAUCUCUUUACCACAAGAUAUUAUCAAUAACAAUUCAGUUAAGAUUCUAGAUUUUGUAGAAAUGAUACAUAAGGAAAGAGUUAAUAAUGAGAUAAGAGAGAGGAACCGGGAAAAAAACUUUAAGAAUCACAUAAUAACUUAA